AUGGAUGAAAUGGAAGGAAGCUAUAAGGAUGAAUUUCACAAUUUAGAAGCUUAUUGUAAUGAGCUGAGAACUUCAAACCCAGGUUCGGAUAUUAGUGUUGAGGUGAGCAAAGAAGCUUUGGAAAAUGGUAGAAGAGAGUUUAGGAGGAUGUAUGUAUGUUUCAAUGCUUGUAAGGUUGGGUGGAAGGCGGGUUGCAGGCUGUUUAUUGGGCUAGAUGGCACCUUUUUGAAAGGUAAAGCCAAAGGGAUCUUGCUCAAUGCAACUGGCAUUGAUGCAAAUGACUGUUUGUAUCCGAUAGCAUUUGGAUUAACCCAACAAGAAAAUAAAUGCAAUUGGAGGUGGUUUUUACAAUGGUUGAGGCGAUCACUUGAUCUUGAGGAUGGAGAGAAAUUUACACUAAUGUCAGACAUGCAAAAGGGGUUACAUUUAGCUAUACUAGAGAUAUUGCCUAAGUUUGAGCAUAGACUAUGUGCUAGACAUAUCUAUGCAAAUUGGUCCAAACGUUGGAGGGGACAUGAACUACAGAAGAAAUUCUUCUCUUGUGCUUGGAGUACAUAUGAAGAGCAGUAUGUGGAUAACUUGAAAGACAUGGAAGCUUUGAGCAAAGAGGCAGCACAAUCAUUUCUUCCAGUUAUACGUAUGUUUGAAGGGAUAAGAGAGAAAAUGAUGCAAAAAUGGGCUGAUAGUGAGAAAGUUGCUAGCUUAUGGAAGAAUGAGUUUAGCCCAAAGUGUGUUGAUUUAUAUGAGACAAAUAGGAAGCUAGCUGCAGGUUGUAAAGUUGUGUUUAACGGGGAUGAUGGGUAUGAAAUUACUGAGGGCUCAGAGAUUAUGCACUUGCAAAGCAUGGGAGUUGACCAGGGUUCCCUGUCAACAUGCGAUUUGCGCAAUCUAUCAUGA